AUGCCGAUCGACGUCGUUCUUCGCAGCGUGCCUCUCCACCUCACCGACGCCCAGCUGUGUGCUCUCCUCGGCGUCGAGACGGUCACCCGCUUCCGGCGCACGUCCGGCCCGUCCGAGAAGCAAAAUCCUCUCCACCUCGUGCGGGCGUGCUGCCGAAGCGAGAGUCAGGCGGAGCAGCUUCUGCUGCAGGGUCGCGUGAGUCUUGAUGGGCAGGAGUGCGCCGUGGAGCGACCAAAGGCGGCCUCAGACAGCUCCGCCGCCACCGGCAAGCGGCCGGCGACGACGACGCUCGAGGCUCUGCUCGAGAGCUUCCCUCGCGUGGGAGAGGCUGUCCUCGUGCCGGCCGCGGCGGGAGGCGAGGCGGACGGUGGAGAGGAGGGAGGAGCAGCGGAGCGAGGCAUGGCGGUAGGAGAGGCGGCGGAAGACGGCGAGAGCAGCUCCACUCCGGACACCUCUACUACUCUCUCCUCUGCUCCUCUCUCCUCUUCUCCUCCCGGCAGCUACUGCUGCUGCCGAGAGACGGAUGGGUACCGUCGGGCAGCGGCGAGCAGCCUCCGCCCGGACGACCUCGUCCUCGAGAUCGGCAGUGACCGCGGCGCGACGUGCGCCACCGCCGCGGAGAUCUGCGGCGGCGAGGCGGUGGUCGGCGUUGACCUGAGCGACACCUCGGUCGAGGCGGCGAGGGCGGCGCACCCGUCGAUACGCUUCGAGAAGGUCUCGACGCGCUGCAGCAGCCCGCCCCGAGAUUGA